AUAUAAAAAAAUAUAUCAAGCUAAUUUUUUAUUUUGUUUCAUUCCCGAUAAAAUCGUUGUUGUUUGUUUUCUUUUGCGCUAUAGAUAAAGAGCAUCCGCAGCAUUCCCUUAUCUAUAUAGAUAUAUCCACGCACACAUAUGUAUAUGUAUGUGUCGGUGUGUGCAUUCGUGUCUCUAUGUGUGUGUGUGUGUGUGCGUGCGUCCAUAGCUAUCCCCUGUGAAUUCCAUCCAUCCAAUCUACACACAUAUGGUUCUAUAUAUACAUAAUAUAUAUAUAUCUCUCAAUCUGAAUGAUUGUAACCAAAUACAACAACAACAACAACAACAAUAACAACGACAACUAAUUAAUGCCACACUUUUGUAUGUGUCUAUCGAACAACUGAAACGAUAAUCAAUCGAUAUCGAUAACAACAAUUUGCAUCAACAAAUCAAUAAUCGACUCGUUACAAAAUGGCGGACAUCAUGCGUCCGCCGUUCAGCGACAUUAAGCGGCCCGACGAAAUCGUCAGAAUGACAACCGCCGAUAAUCUGAAAUUUGCCGUCCUCAUCGGCCUCAUCGAGGUGGGCCAGGUGACCAAUCGGGAGGUGGUCAACACUGUUUUACAUUUGGUGAGUAGACGUAUGCGUAUUUGGCAUUUUCAAAUCCCAAACAUCAGGCUGAUGUGCACAUGUUUCUCCCCAAAUAUCCGUAUGUAUAUAUAUAUAUAUGUGUCUAUAGUGGGUAAGUAGUCAAACAGGGCUGGAAUGAGCAUUAAACUCAUCCAAUAAAACACACACACACACACGUGUGUUCAUACACCUGUGCACCAGCAGUCACAUUGACAGCCCAUCGAUUUUGCAGUCAAAGUCGGAAGUUAAAGUUUGAAUGCGAUACUUCUUGCUCUCGCCUCGAUGGCUUUGCGCUAAGUUCUGCGUUUGCCGGUCGCGUUCCAUUUGUCAAUGUGGAGCACGUACUCAAUCUUCUGGCUUGUCAAACUUCCCAAUGUUUGCGGCCAAAAUAUCAAAAAGAAAGCACAAAAAUAUAUACAUAUAUAUAUGUAUAUGUAUAAAUAAAUAGGAAUUUCGUUUGAUGUUUCCCUCACAUUGUGGGCGGCUGCAAUUGGAUAUGUGGCUGGUGCUUCUCCUGCUGCUCCUGCUGCUGCUGUCAGUGACGGCUUCUGGGUUUAGCAAAUGUCAGCUUGUCUUGUAUAUUGAUAUACAAGUAUGUUAUAUACAUUUGUAUACACACACAGACACACACACAGCCACUCACGCACUCUCACGCAUCAUACCAUAUCUAGCUACUUAGCAAAAUAGAUUCGAAUUGCGCUGCUGUGCAACACGUGCUGCUGCUAGAACAUGACGAACAGCAGUGAUGAUGUAGGGUUAUCGAUUGGUUAUCGAUAGCCAUUGGCUGUCAUAAUAUUGGACAGCUUUCAUAAGCUAUGACAGAGUUGAAUUCAAAUCGAAGCAAAGUAGAGGCAACAUUGCCUAGCUCUACAUUUUAUCAGCAGCAUUUACCAUGAGGUAGCCAAUUGUAAAGUUGAUGGUAAUAUAGCAAACUCUUAGCCAGCUUGGCUUGAGGUAGGGAACUGUAAAUAUAUAGAACAGUUUAAUAGAGUAGGAAUAAAUGUCGAUAAAUACAAACAUUCGUUAGGCAAAACAAACUCAAUUUUCAAGCUACAAGCCGGAUUUAACAUGAGGUAUGGUAAACUAAAUGUUAAAUAAAAUAGUACAUUAAAAUACGGAUUCUGUUCCAUAACAUCAAUCAAACUUUAAGAAUAAAUCCAUCUAGCUACUACCUUCAAAUGGCUUGUAAAUUUUACCAGUUGCAUUUACCAUGAAGUAAUUAGACUUGAUUGAUUGUAUAUAUUAAGAGCAGCAUUCCGAUUGAGGUAGCGUAUUGUAAACUAAAGGCUAAAAUACUAAAGACUAAAAUUAUAUGCCAAGUGCUGGAAAGUUCCGGCAGUGUUAAUAAAAAUACUGUUCGUGUCACGAGCACUGCGGAAAUAGUAUUAAAUUCAUAUGAUUCUAUUAGUAAAACAAACAAAAGCAAAAGCAAAAGCACAUGCACAUGCACACACACACACUCAUAUACAGAUAUAUAUUUAUAUGUAUGUAUGUAUGUAUGUAUGUAUUAAGUAUUGUGUAUACAUAUCCAGCCACUCACGUAGCUCUUGAGCUCUUACUCAGCAUCGUUUGCUCGACUCUCUGUGCCAUAACGAAAUUACGAAGUUCCUAACUAAACAAGUUGCCAAUACAUAAUAAUGCACACAAUCCACAGCCAACAAUGGGUCUGACAGGGCUGUGCUUGUGGGCGGGACGGGGCAGGGGGCGGUGUGGUACGGUUACGGCCAUAUGGGAUAGCUGCAGCGUAAGCCAGGAGGAGUUUUUUUAUUCGCAGCUGGACAAAAGAGACGUCAGUCGUUUCAUUUGACUGAUGUGCAUGGUCACUAGUUGUAUGCCUCUCUCUCACUCUUCUUCUCCCUCUCUCUCUCUCUCUCACGCACACACACACUGUGCAAACAGGUCUGGUACCCUAUGGCAUUUGCAAUGCUUUUUACAGCCGAGUUGCUCUAAUAAUUCAAAUACACAAUAAAUAAACGUGCAUUGGUCUGCAACAACUCUAAAUGGAAUAUCAAGCACUUAGGCCCAGUAGGUCCUGAGUCGAUUGCAAAUCGAAUGCGAAUGCAAAUGCGAUUGCGAAUGCAAAUGCGAGUGCGAAUGCAAAUGCCAAAGGAAAUUCGUUAAAAACGAACGAGCAUAGGUCAGAGCACUACGAAGCUCAAUGCGAGCAGUUUUCGAAACACUCAUCAAGUACUUGAGAGUGCGAAUUGAUGCGUAAUUAGAAAUGAGCUCGCAUAGAGCCAAUAUACUCACUCGAUACUCAUUCUAUACCCAUUCAAUAAAUUGAACUUUUCAAAAAACACACUCAUUAAAAAUUGGAAGUAUAUUAACUUUGAUUGAGAUCAAUAUUGAAUAAGUGCUGUAUAAACACACCCAUGGUCAUACAAAUAGUAGCAGAAAACAAUUAAAAAUUGAAAAAAAAAAAAA